AAGUCCAAAUUAACGAACAACGACGAAUUCUCUAGUCCUUUUCGUGAAGCAAAUGGAGAUGGAGUAUCCAGUAUCCUUCGUCUGUCUCAAGCUCGUAGUCGUCGAUGUUAUUGUAGGUCCAUUUACCAUAUUCUCUUCAGCAUGAUUCAUGGACCGUUGGACUGGUGUUUUGAAAGUUCCUGUGGCUCCUACCAGCAGAAAUCACUAUAGAGUUGCUGCAUCCCUGUGCCUCUCAUCUACUUUAGGAACCCUAGAUGUGCCUACUGCUAACGCCAUCUUUUUCAAUGGAGAUCGAGUUCAAGGGACCAGGAAUCCAGUGAUUGAGAGACUAUCUGAUUUACAGAAGUUAGCUGAAAUUCUGAUUUCCAAAUUUGGUUCUUCCGUUAAUGCAUGGGUCAUUGAGGCUUCCAUUUUCAAUGGGCCUUUUGCUGUCUACAAGGAUUUUAUUCCCUCAGUAAACCGGUAUGGGGAACCAAAGUCUUACAACCCAGUUGGAUUCCCAGCUUCUUCCUCAAUCGUUACUCUCUUGUCAAAUUGCCUCAAAGAGGUACAAGACAUCAUUUCAAAAAGACAGAAAGGAAACUUACCCGCUAAUUUAACUGCAUCAAUUUUCUGUCAACCCAAAAGUAUCAUCCUUGGAUUUAGCAAGGGUGGUACCGUGAUUAACCAGCUGGUUACUGAGCUCAGCGUCUCAGAAGUAAGAUCUACUCGAAUCCAUUCCCAACUAAAAGAACUUCCAAUGAGUGAGGACUUCUCUAACUUUCAAGAGGUCACUGAGAUCAUACCGAGUAGUAGAGAAAGCCUUUUAAACAGCAUCUCUGAGAUCCAUUAUGUGGACGUUGGCUUAAACUCUGCCGGUGCAUAUACCAAUGAUCCCAAUGUAAUUGAGAGGAUUUCCAAUCGGAUCACUCAAGGAGCUCAAGGACUACGUUUUUUCCUUCAUGGAACUCCUAGGCAAUGGUGUGACUGCAGGAGACCUACAAUACGCACUGAAAAGGACAAAUUGGUCGAGCUGCUCGAAAUGGAAGCCCCAAGGACUGACAGGAAACUGCAGGUGUCUCAGCGAUUCUACUUCGCUGAUCGGCCACCUGACCUGCAGAUGCAUUUUGAAAUAAUUGAAAAGCUGGAUGUUACCUAAGAAUUGAUACACCUGUGCAGCCAUGUUUAGCUCAUGAUUCUUCACACAAGUAUUCUGUCUUUUCCAUUGAAAUUCUCUCACUGGAGGCAACUCCAAAGACCUUUCUUUGUUGGAGCAUCAGAUUGGGAGGUUAUCCAUGCAGAAUCCUGUUGAAUUACAGUGCAUUGCCGUACUAUGCCGUCCUUUGCUGUGUCAAAACAAAAACCAGUAUAAAACAGAAAGCAGGGGGACAAGACAUUCCUCCAAUGGCCCCAGGUAUAUUAGUAGUUCUGUUGCUUCCAUUUGGAACUAAAUAAUGCUAUAAUAUACUCUCUUGUUGAAAAUGUCGUCGUUUUUGGUUUAUAUUAAAUAAAAAAACAUUUGAUGGAA